AUGUCAUUCCAAGAAAUCCCUGUAAUUGAUUUGCAAGAGGCUUUUGAUCCAACCACCAAAUCGAAGUUUUUGGAAGAGGUACGGGAUGCGAUAAUCAAUGUGGGGUUUUUGUUAUUGAAAAACUAUGAAUCCCUAGGACCCACAGAGGAAGACUUGAAUGCAAUCAAGCAGCAAGCUCUUGAGUUUUUUGCAUUACCAGAGAAGGAGAAACUUCAUUGUGAGAUGCUCAAUAGCCCCCAUUUUUUGGGUUACACCAGAUUAGCCAAUGAAAUAACUGCAUCACACACUGAUUGGAGAGAACAAAUAGAUCUUGCCACCGAAUUACCAGCACCAAAAGAGGGUGAGCCAUUGUACAAGAACAUUGAAGGACCUAACUUAUGGCCCAAUCCUGAAGUCAUUCCUAAAUUUAGACCUACUAUUGAGAAUUUUAUAGAAAAGAUGACUGCGUUGAGCAAUGCCUUUAAAGAUUUAGUCGCAGAAUCUAUUGGAGUUGAUCCCAAGGCGUUGAGUAGAUAUUUCAAAGAGAACCAGCAGUGUAAAAUGAAAUUAAUUGCCUAUCCAGACGUUUCAGAGCUAGAUGGCACAAAAUCCGCCGCUUUAGAUGAUACUCCAGAAACUAACCAAGGUGUUGGACCUCACAGAGACUCCGAUUUGAUAACUUAUAUCUAUCAAGCUACUGAGCAUCAGAACUCCUUGCAAGUUCAAAAUUUCCAAGGUCAUUGGAUAACGGUUCCUAAUAUUCCAGGUCACUUGGUUGUUAACAAUGGACAAACAUUGCAGGCUAUAACUGGUGGUGUGGCCAAAGCCACAAUCCAUCGUGUUUUAGUUCCUGAAAAAGGAACGGGGACAAGAAUCUCAAUUCCGUUUUUCCAAACCAUUGAUUUGGACAGUUCAAAGGGUGUUGUAGAUAACUUGCCACAAGAAGUGAUUGAUUUGAAAAAUGAACGAGACAAAAAAAUAAAAGAUUGGGGUGUUGAUACUGGAUUCCAAUUUGAGCCUGAUGUGAGUAAAGAGCCAAUUGGCCAUGCUGUCUUUAGAAACAGAAUCAAAUCUCAUCAAGACGUUGCCAAGAAAUGGUAUCCUGAGGUAUUAAAAUCUGUUUUACAAGAAUAUACAUAUUAG